CUAAACCUCGAAGAUGGCACUGAUUCACUGCUUUUGCACUCUGUGCAUUAUAUUUUUACUGUGUUUCGAACAAAUAUCGGCGGCAUGCAAAACGGUGACGGUCGAUAAAUCUGGCCGUGGGCAUUUUUCCACUAUUCAAUCAGCUAUCAACUCAGUUCCAUCAAAUAAUAGAAAUUGGCAUUGCAUCAAUGUUAAACCAGGAACAUACAGGGAGAUGGUGGUAAUCCCAUACGACAAGCCAUUCAUAAUUCUCAAAGGUUCUGGACAGAAGAAAACCAAGGUGGUCUGGAAUGAGCCAUAUCUACAAGCCCCAACUUUCAGUUCUUUAGCUGAUAAUAUUAUUGUCAAAUCCAUCGCUUUCGUGAAUUCAUACAACGGUCCAAAUAGCAAAAACGCUAGGGUUCCGGCUGUAGCUGCGCUGAUCAACGGCGACAAAAGCUUCUUCUUCCGAUGUGGUUUCUCGAGUGUUCAAGAUACAUUGUGGGACGCUACCGGUCGCCAUUACUUCAAGAGAUGCCACAUUGAAGGGGCUGUGGAUUUCAUUUUCGGCAACGGCCAAUCGAUUUACGAGGAUUGUUCCAUACGUUAUCUCGGGGAGGCAUUGCCGCGAGGGCUCGCCGGUUUCAUCACAGCGCAGGGAAGGAACAACCCGCGCGUUUCGAGCGGGUUCGUUUUCAAGAGCUGCCACAUCUACGGGAAGGGGUCGACGUUUUUGGGCAGGCCAUGGAGAGAUUUCUCUAGGGUUUUGUUUUAUAAUUGCAGAUUUUCAAACGUUGUCAACCCUAGGGGUUGGAAUGCUUGGAAUAGUGUUGGGGAAGAGAAACAGCUAACCUUUGUCGAGUAUAAGAACUAUGGACCGGGAGCAUACAAAUCGAAGAGGGUGAAGUGGUUGAAGAAUCUUAACGCUCGAACUGUGGCCAAGUUAACCAGCAUGUCGUUCAUCGACAAUGAUGGGUGGUUGCAAAGCAUCCCUGUCAAGUAUUUUUAG